AUGUUGACCAUAUCGGUUCUGGGUGUUCGGCACAAGCUUAUGCAGUCUUCGGAAGCAGUGCAGGUUCGGGUCAACAGCAAAGAACCGGCAGACCCAGAGAUAUGUCAUCACCCUUCGGAUGCUGACGGGUGUCAAUUGGCACAAGGAGAUCCUGUACUUCAUCAAAAUAUCCCUAACGAAGGGAUUCAGAGGGAACCGAAGCCCAUAUUUGAUGUACCAUUUAGAGUGAUACACUUGCUUCAAUUUAGAGAUGGAAAAUCUGAACCAUUAACUCUAAAGAAGGCUAUAGAACAAAAUGAAAUUGGUAGUAGCUGUCAAAGAUACAAUUUAAACAAUGAACAAAGUGAGAAUGUCUCUGCUACUCAAACUGAGAUUGGAAAUCAAUCUGCACAAGAGAGUAGGGAUCAAUGUGACAAGAAUGUGGAGCAAAAAGAGGAUACAACUACAUCUGAAAAAGAAAAAGAUGAUGUUGAUCAAAGUGACAAGAAUGUGGAUACAAGUACAUCUGAAAAAGAAAAAGAUGAUGUUGAUCAAAGCAAGGUAAAAGAAAUUGAAUCAGAGGGGAAAAGCAAUACAGAAAAGGAUACUGCUAAGCCAAAAAAAGCCAAAAAUGAUGAUCAAAAGAAGCCAAAAAUUAUAACUUUAAAGGAGAAGAUGCAACAAAUACAUUUAGACAUAGAAGAAAACCCAAAGAAAUACAAAGAAUCCACAAUGUUAAUCAUGAAAAAUUUCAAAAAGAAGGAAGAGUUGAUCAAGAAAUUUAAGAAAGGUGAAGAAAAACAUAAGGCAAAAGGGCUUGUACCAAAGAAAAUUCAUGAUAAAGAAAAAAGCCCUGAAAAGAAAGAGUUGAAAGGACAAGAGGAAAAAGGACAUGAAAAGGAGAAAAGUCCUGAAAAGAAAACUGUGGAAUAUGAUUUUCCAAAACCAACAGAGAUGAAAGAUACUACUGGAAAUAAGAAGGCACAAAUGGCAUCUGAUUAUGUUGAAAUUGAGGAUGAGACUAAUCUGAUAGAUUCAGAUAUGAAUAAUGAAUUGACAAAAUUAAGUGAGGAGCAGCUCACUUAUCUCAACAGAGUGAACAAUGAACCUGAUAAGCAAGGCCAGAAGGAGGCAACUGAUAAGCAAGGCCAGAAGGAGGUUCUGAAUAGAAGAGUGUCUCCAAGGUCUUCUCCUAUGCAAAAGAAAUCUGGUGCAAAAGCUGCAGAACCUACUCCAAUCAAGAAAAUGGCAGGUGCCCCUGCUGAAUAUGUUGCAGCACCUCUUAAAACGAAAGGUGGGAAGAAGAGAUCUACAGAAGAAAUGAAGGAGAGUUCAAAGGUUGCUGGAAAAAGAAAAGCAGUGGUCAGCCCUGCCAAGAAAAAUGUUGGGAAGAGGAAAAAAAUACAAGAAGUACCAUCUGAUGAACCAUCUCAGGAUCCUUCUGAUGAAAGUUCCACUGACAGUGGUGAUGACAGUGAAGAAUCUGUCUACAAAGGUGAACAAGAGUGUAGGGAAUAA